AAAAGCACAACACUCAAAGCAGCAUCUUCUCUUCAGCAAGCAGCUCGAGCUAGCAAUUUUAAUCAUCUAUAUACUAGCUGCUUGCUUACUCAGUGGCCGACCGAUGGCUUCCAAGCAUAUGCUCGUCGCCGUCGCCGUCGCCGCCCUCGCCGUGGCCUUCCUCCCGGGCCUCGCCGUGGCAUCGGAGCACGUUGUCGGCGACGACAAGGGCUGGACCCUCCAGUUCAACUACACGGCCUGGUCCGAGUCCAGGAAGUUCGUCGUUGGCGACACGCUCUUGUUCAAGUACGGGAGCAGCUCCCACAACGUGGUGGAGGUGGGCGGCGUGGACUUCGCGGCGUGCACCAAGCCGGCGGGCGCCAACACGUGGAGCACCGGCGAGGACAGGGUGACGCUCCACAAGGCCGGGCGCAGGUGGUUCAUCUGCGACAUCGGCGAGCACUGCGAGAAGGGCGGCAUGAAGUUCAAGGUCACCGUCGACGAGGCCGGCGCGCUGCCGCCCAAUGGCCCGCCGGCGCCGUCCAACCCCGCCGGCAAGGUUCACGCGAAGCACUUCGGGGUCGCUGCCGUCACGGCGCUCGCCGCGGCCGCGCUCGUCCUCUAGGCGGCGUACUACCUUUUAAUCGGCCUUCUACAUGGCAUAUGUGAUCAGUUAAUCGAGCGUUUUGCGUCGUGUGUGUGUGUGUUUUCUUUUGUGUUUGGCAGUGUUGUAUCCUUGUGAAUGUGGGCCCUUGGAAAUUUUCUUCAAUUAAAAUUUAAUUCAAUUUU